CGCGCGCCUCAUCCCAUCUCAUGCAUGGCUGCCAGUAAUGGUCUACUGGGUGUCAGCUUUUAUUGGCACGGCACAAAGCAAGUGCCAAGACGCCCCACCACACAGCGGGCCUGUGGAUAAAAGCGAGCAAAAUGCCUCAGUCGAGGACAGACUAGUCAUGUUGGGCUGGAACGAGGAAGUGCAGUGGAGAGGGGAGGGACUGAGGGCGCAGUUCCAUGGGGCCGCGGCGCUGCGACCUUCUGCACAUGGAGCAGGGGACAGUUGGAAGAACUUCAUACUGCAAACUCAAGGAAUAGCAGAGUACUUGCACCGCAUGGAGACAGAGGAGGUCCAGGAAAUGGCCCCAAUGCCAGGCCGAGACAGCUCCCCUGCCAACGAAGCUAUCGAGGAGGCAGAGGAGCCCAUGGCUGUUCCAGAAGACCUGUCAGCAGGCUCCGCCCAGCAGCAGCACAACAGAGGGGACAAAGCCUGUAACAUUAAAGUUGAGGCUCGCAGUGAUGAGGAGAAUGGGCUGUCCUGUGACAUGAAUGGCACGGAGGAGGAGGAGUGCCCGGAAGACUUGCGCGUGAUCGAUGCCUCUGGGGCCAAGGUGAACGGCUCACAGCCGAGUCCCGAGGCCAAGGUCUUCUCCUCGGCUGGCGGCAUCCGGCUGUCCAACGGGAAGCUCAAGUGCGAUAUCUGUGGGAUAAUUUGUAUUGGCCCCAAUGUGUUGAUGGUGCACAAGCGAAGCCACACUGGAGAACGUCCCUUCCAGUGCAGCCAGUGCGGUGCUUCUUUCACCCAGAAGGGCAACCUGCUGCGUCACAUCAAGCUCCACUCUGGAGAGAAACCCUUCAAGUGUCACCUUUGCAGCUACGCCUGUCGCAGGAGGGAUGCGCUCACCGGACACUUGCGCACGCACUCUGUUGGAAAACCCCACAAGUGUGCUUACUGCGGUCGGAGUUACAAGCAACGCAGCUCUCUGGAGGAGCACAAGGAGCGAUGCCACAAUUACCUUCAGUGCAUGGGGCUGCAGAAUAGCAUCUAUACAGUAAAGGAAGAAAGCAGCCAGAAUGAACAGAGGGAAGACUUAAGCCAGAUGGGAUCUGAAAGAGCCUUGGUGCUAGACAGGCUAGCUAAUAAUGUAGCUAAGCGUAAGAGCACUAUGCCACAGAAGUUUGUGGGUGAAAAGCACCUCUCAGAUCUUUCCUACGAUGGAGCACAAGGCGAGCUGAUUCAGCCCCACGUCAUUGACCAGGCCAUCAACAGCGCCAUCAGCUACCUGGGGGCAGAAUCGCUUCGGCCCCUGGUCCAGCCCUCGUCAGCCUCGUCCUCUGACGUGGCCAUGGGCUCCAUCUACCCGCUGCACAAGACGGCCCCGGAAGCCCAAUCGGGACCGGGCCACAGCCUGUCAGCCAAGGACAGUGCGGCUGAGAAUCUGCUCUUGCUCUCCAAGUCCAAAUCUGCCUCCAGCGAGAAGGAUGGAUCUCCGAGUCACAGCGGCCAAGACUCCACUGACACGGAGAGCAAUAGCGGGGAUCGAGCGGGUGGGGCGGCCCCCGGCCUCAUCUACCUGACCAAUCACAUCACCUCGGGCGGGCGGAACGGCACGCUGCCCCACGUGAAGGAAGAGCAGCAGCGACAGUACGAGGCCAUCCGCGCCAACAUGGAGAUGGCGUCUGAGGGCUUUAAGGUGAUGACGGCAGACGGCGACCAGGUGAGGGCGUACAGGUGUGAACAUUGUCGCGUCCUCUUCCUGGACCUCGUCAUGUACACCAUACAUAUGGGCUGCCACGGCUUCAGAGACCCCUUUGAAUGCAAUCUCUGCGGCCAUCGCAGUCAAGAUCGUUAUGAGUUCUCUUCGCACAUAGCACGCGGGGAGCAUCGUUACUGACCCCUGAAGACCGCAACAUACACACAUAUAGUAAAAGCAAUGCCUAGAAGUGUAUCAUGUGAAAUACACAGUUGAUGUGUGAAAGUGUGAUUUUAUACAGUGUGCAUGUUUGGUAAAUACAGAAGCCAUCCAAAUCUCAUUUCAUGAAUUUGUGUAAAUAGGUAACUAAAUGGUGUUAGUAAAGAAAAAAAAAGGCAAAAUAUUGUGCCGAAUCAGCAUCACAUCUUACAGUAUGUAAAGUAAAUGUUCUUAUGUUAUAUUGUGUGUAUGUAUGGAUUUUUUUCCCCCUUAUAACAAGCAGCAACUUUAUUUUCUAGUUUUUGAUUAAAAAAAAAAAAAAAGAUCUGUGUUGGAGUGAUGGAGACAAAAACCAAAACAAAAUAUCUGUACAAAAGGCAGUCAAUCAAAAAUGUCGAUGUAGAUAUAACUCAACUCAAGUUUUUUUUCCAACUAUGUGCAACACACAUAUUAUUUAUACUACAUUUACUUGCCAUUUUUGUUUUUGUAUUUAUUACAGUAAUUGGUGUUUGUCAAUAGAAUAGUUGCCAGACCUCCUGUUCAACUGUAUUAAAUGUGUUUAUAGAGAAAACAUGACUGCUGCUCAACGGCAAAGGUGAGGAAAAUGCUAUCCUGGAGAUUUGGUUCAUUUCUAUCCAUUUCGAAUUGUUUUCCUCACGAGAUGAAAGCCUUUUGAGGCUUAGUGGGAAUUUUAUGCUCACAAAAUAUCAAUAAAGGAUAUUUUAAAUAAA